GUCUCAGUCUACAUUAGAAAGUCGGGAGAAGUGCUCUGGCAGCCAGACAAGGAGACGCUGACCGUCGAGCAUUGACAUUUUUAUUUGCCGAGUUCAAGUUUACCAGGCUCGCCCUUGAAAAUCAGAGCAAGAGGCACCGAAGUCCUCGUACCGAGGGGCUCGCGGUACAGUCACAAGGAAAGAAAGGCACAGGGGUUGCAUCUUAACAGCGCCCCUACGACAGGUAGACAUCACGUCCAGGUAGACAAAUCUCGUUCUCCAGUCGGUGGAGGCGCAGGCGAGGGUGAACACCAGGCGGUGACAGCGAGCGAGGAAAGAGCUCGAGAGGAGGGCGUCGGACGACCAGAGAGACCAGCUCGGAUAAAUCACGCGCGACCAACCAAGCAACAUAAUCCAAUGUAUUACGGUCCCCCCGGUUCCGCCGAGGAAGCCGCCGAGGAAACAUGUCGCUACCACGGGAAUGGAGCUUUCAGGACGCGUGUCGGGCGUCGAGCCUGUUGGCCGACGUCGACGUCGGCGGCGUCCCGACGGCAGCGUCCCAGGAGAUGGCCGUCACCGGCGGCAAUCUCAUCGACGAGAACAUGAAUGACCAGCCGGCGACUCAGCUGGGCUCGCUGUUCUCCAUCCACUCGGCACCGGUGUUCGACCUGAGCGGCAGCGUCGCCAACGGGGCGCCGUCGCCGAAGCGGCCGGCGUCCCUGGCGGUGCAGGCGACGGCGACGUCGACGCCAAUCGUGCCGCCGCACCUGCAGAGCCCGGAGGGCACCGUUGUCGAGGACGAGGACAACGACAACCUGCUGACGAUAUCCAGCCUCACUGCCCGGCCGCUUAUCGCCAAAUCCAGGGAGCUCAGAUCCGCCAGGUAUGCGGCCCCGAAGAGGAGAAAGUCCCGGCAGAGGAACGAGUCCAGGAAACCCCGGAACACCACGUACGUCCCGCUGGACGGCGGUUACGGCUGGGUGGUGGUGUUCGGCGCCUUCUUCGUGCAGUUCUGGGUGGCCGGGCUGGUCAAGUCCUACGGCGUGCUCUACGUCGAGGUCAUGGAGACCUUCAAGGAAUCAUCCGCCUCGGUCGCGUCCUGGAUACCAGCGAUUCUGACGUGCCUAUGUCUAGCGCUUGCUCCGGUGACGAGUAUGCUCUGCCAGAAGUACAGCUGUCGAACGGUGGUUUUCGUGGGAGGACUUUUUUGCGCCCUAGGACUUACAACUAGUUACUUCGCCACGCGAUUGAUACACCUCUUUUUUACAUUUGGAGUGCUGACAGGUAUCGGCGGUGGCUUGUCGACGACGCCGGGUAUAAUCCUGGUGUCGCAAUACUUUGACAAGCAUCGCGCCCUGGCGAACGGGAUCUGCGUGUCCGGCACUGCCGCGGGUAGCUUCGUGUUCCCGCUUCUGAUCGAAUUUCUGGUGAAGGACUUCGGCUUUCACGGCACGAUAUUGCUCUUAGGCGGUUGCAUGCUACACGUGUGCGUCAGUGCGACACUGUACCGACCAUUGGACGAGAAUUAUGCCCCCGAGGAAGACGUCUCGGCGGAGAAAUUUGAGAAGGAACUGAAAGAGCAGGAUCAGGACAAGUCGAAGCAACAGAAGUUGGAAUUAUUGUUCGCCAACGACUCGACCGCCCGGCACAACAUGCUGAACGAGCUGUUCCACCAGAACAGCGGCGUGGUGGCGGUCGAGCUGACCGACAGCGACGAAGAGAAGGAUGUGUUGGGCGAGGGUCUCCGUAUGAAGCCCAUUUCCAAGAUACGCAGCUCCAGCAUCCUGCACAGCGUGGAGGACCUGUCGACGGACUCGACAUGCGUGUACAAGGCGGUGGUCGCGAGGUCGUCGCUCAGAUCGCUCAAGUCGUCCGGGACGGCGAUGGGUCCGUCGGAGCAGCAGCAGCAGCAGCAGCAGCAACAGCCGCCGCCGUCACCGCCGAACAGGAUCCCAUCCUUGAUCCCAUCCCUCACGGCGUCGACGGAAUCCAAGAUCACGUUCAUGCAGAGACUGACGCGCUACCUCGACCUGUCGCUGCUGAAGAAUCCGCAGUUUAUCAUGAUGUGCUUCUCCGUCAGCCUCAUGUCCACCGGCAGCCCGUACAUGCUGUACUACCUGCCGGCCUACGUCCACGCCGCCGGCUACAGCAAGUCGGAGGCCGGCUACCUGGUGGCCAUCUCCGCCGCUCUCGACCUGUGCGGCAGGCUCGGCCUCGGCUGGCUCUCGGAUCUCAAGCUGUUUGACCGGCGAAAAGGGUACAUCGGCAGCGUGGUGGGUGCUGGCGUGGCAGUCUUGGCGAUUCCGAUGGCUCACUCGUUCUACGUACUGGCGUGUUCCGUCGGCAUGUACGGGUUGUGCCUAGGCUGUUGGUUCCUCCUGGUUCCCGUCCUGCUAGCCGAUCAAUACGGCAUCGACAAAAUAUCGUCCACCUACGGUCUCGUGAGGAUGUUCCAGAGCUUCGGGGCGAUCUCCAUUCCGCCCCUCGCAGGCUAUCUUCGCGACGUAACCGGAAGCUACACCGUGUGUUUUUUGUGUAUGGGUACAUGUAUGGUUAUAGGCGGUUUACCUCUACUUUUGGUUUUCAACGAGAACCAAACAAACCCAACAAAGCUGCCCGUGAACGCCGAGAAUAAUAAUCGUCAGGAGGACACUACCGUGAAAGGGUAAAUUAUUUUGAAAAUGUGAUCGUUGACUAUAAAGUGAUUUAAUGUGUAAUAGGAAAAAUAAAUCGUAACAGUUGUCACUAAAAAAAAA